UCUUAACAUAAUGAGUGAUCUAAAGUCAAAAUUCCUUCAAGUUUACCAAAUUCUUAAAUCUGAGUUACUUAAUGACCCUGCUUUUCAUUGGACUGAUACUUCUCGCCAAUGGGUUGAUCGGAUGCUGGAUUACAAUGUCCCAGGAGGGAAGCUAAAUCGUGGACUUUCUGUUUUGGACAGCUACAAGCGAUUGAAGGAUGGAAAAGAACUGACUGAAGAUGAAAUCUUUCUUGCCUCUGCCCUAGGAUGGUGCAUUGAAUGGCUUCAAGCUUAUUUUCUUGUUCUGGAUGACAUAAUGGACAACUCUCAUACAAGGCGCGGUCAGCCUUGCUGGUUCAGAGUUCCUAAGGUUGGCAUGAUUGCAGUUAAUGAUGGUGUAAUACUUCGAAACCAAAUCCCAAGAAUACUGAAGAAGCAUUUCAGGGACAAGAAGUACUAUGUGGAUUUGUUGGAUUUGUUUAAUGAGGUAGAAUUCCAAACUGCUAGUGGGCAGAUGAUUGAUCUGAUCACCACUAUUGAAGGAGAGAAAGAUCUUUCCAAAUAUUCAUUGGAUCUCCACCGCCGUAUCGUUCAGUACAAAACUGCUUAUUAUUCGUUCUAUCUUUCAGUUGCUUGUGCUUUACUCAUGUUUGGCGAAAAGCUUGAAGAUCAUAUUGACGUUAAAAAUAUUUUGAUUGAUAUGGGAAUAUAUUUCCAAGUACAGGAUGAUUAUCUUGAUUGUUUUGGAGACCCAAACUAUAUCGGCAAGAUUGGAACUGAUAUCGAAGAUUUUAAGUGUUCUUGGUUGGUUGUGAAAGCUUUGGAAUUAUGUAAUGAUGAACAGAGGAAAAUUUUAUAUGAAAAUUAUGGAAAAGGCGAUCAAUCCUGUGUUGCAAAAGUAAAAGAACUCUACAACAUACUCAAUCUUAAGGGUGUGUAUGAGAAAUUUGAGAUCCAGAGUUAUGAAAAGUUGAUCAAAUCUAUUGAAGCACAUCCGAGCACGGCAGUACAAGCUGUUUUGAAGUCAUUCUUGGAAAAAAUAUACCAGAGGAAGAAGUGAAGUAGCCUCAGGGUGGUUUUAUGCAGACAACAUUUAUAUCAUUGAUCGCUUCCAUGACCGUAGGAGAUUGUCCUUGCAUCUUGUUUUCCGUUUCUCUGUAGGUGUCUUCCAUGUUUAAAAACGCAAACCUCAUUCUUCUUUAUCUUGUUCUUCCAUAACCCUAUUCCCAAAUAAAAACGCGAAAAACAAAUAUGUUUGAAGCUGUUGCUGGACUUACUUUUGUCUUCUGGAUUUUAUUUCUUCUUUAGUAAUCGGUUUAGCAUCCACCAUAGCAAGUAAGAUACGAUAAGGAUUCUCAAACGAGCUUGAAAUGCUCAACAUGACGGAUUACUUGCACACACCAAAAACUAGCCCUGCAUCUAGGGAUGGUCAUGGAUUGUUUCCAACCAGAUGGACCUAGACCCAUUAAUUGGUGCAUUCGAAUCCAAACCCUAAGGGUCUUAAUAUUUUGAACCUAGAUCCAGCCCUGUUA